AUGUCUAUACUGAGACACUUGAGACGAGGCAUGAUCUCGAAACUUUCAUCCUUGCAGCUCAAAUCCCAUUCUUCCCAGCUUUCCAUGUUCGAAAUCUUUAGUUUCUUCAGCUUUGGAAAUGCCGAUAAUGCCCCUGACCCCGAUCUCCCUUGGAUUCCCAGGAAAUCAAGCCCGAGAGACUUCAUAGAAUUCAAGCCUUCUAACUGGAGUGUGACGAGGGAUGGAAAUUUUCCCAAAGGAGGUAAAUUCGAGCAGUUUUUGCAGUAUUGCAGAACGAGUGUGCGCAAACUGCAAAUUCCGAUGCACCUCAAGAGCCUCAAGAACAACCUUAUGUUGAUCGACAUUUCGAAUCGAAGGGCUAAAAUCCAAGUGAAGAUCCGUAAGAUGAAUCAUUUUGUGCAAAUUUGCUUUCUUGGCCUCAUUUGCAUCGGUUACAAAUCCGAGCCCUUCGAUUUUGAGGCAUCCUUGCAGUUCUUCGAGAUUGUUCAAAUCUUCUAUACCGCAUGUUGGAUCAGUUGUGUCGUUACCUUUUACGAUGAUGAAUUUGGUCAACGUUUGAAGUGA